AUGGUCCCGUUACGAUACGUAUCAUCUGAAUUGCCUACUGAUGUUGUUAUAAAUGUCGACGACAUGAAGUUUCAUCUCCAUAAGUUUCCUCUCCUGUCCAAAAGCAGCAAGUUACAAAAACUCGUCUCGAAAGCCAACGAAGAAAAUGCUGCCGAAAUCCAGCUUCCAGAUUUCCCAGGCGGGCCCACGGCAUUCGAGAUCUGUGCGAAAUUCUGUUACGGUAUAACAGUUACUCUCAACCCCUACAAUCUGGUGUCGGCACGUUGUGCCGCCGAGUAUCUCGAGAUGACUGAGGACAUGGAGAGGGGAAAUCUAAUCCGGAAAAUAGAAAUAUUUCUCAAUUCGAGCAUUUUGCGCAACUGGAAAGAUUCCAUCAUCGUCCUUCAAACCACAAAAGUACUCAUGCCGUUGUCUGAGAAUCUAAAAGUCGUGAGCCGAUGUGUGGAAUCUAUUGCAUGCAAAACCUCGAUCGACCCCUCGUUAAUCACUUGGUCUUACACGUACAACAGGAAGUUAGCAACAUCCGAUCAAAUAAUUCAAACCGGCGGUAUAAAGUUAUCAGAAAAAACAGAAUUUGUUUCAAAGGAUUGGUGGGUUGAGGACAUAUGUGAGCUGGACAUUGACCUGUACAAAAGGGUUAUGGUUGCCAUAAAAUCCAAAUGCCGAGUGCCUGGUGGCUUAAUUUGCGAGGCAUUAAAAACGUAUGCCGUUCGGUGGCUGCCGGAUUCUGUUGAUUUAUUGUUAUCUGAAGAUCACAUACAGAUAAAUAAAUCGUUGGUCGAGACCAUUAUCUGCCUGCUGCCUUCUGAUAAAGGUAUCAUCAGCUGUGCGUGCAGUUUUUUGCUGAAACUGCUUAAAGUUGCGAUCUUGAUCGGGGCCGAUGAUUCGUACAGGGAUGAUUUGAUUAAGAUUAUUGGUAUGAAAUUGGACGAGGCUUGCGUUAGUGAUCUUCUCAUCCCGGGAAGUUCCCAGAAUACGAUUUACGAUGUUGACCUUGUACAGAGGCUUGUGGACGAGUUUGUAAAAAACGAAAAGGGUAAAAGGGAUUCAAAAAUUGCCGAGGAAAAAAACGAGUGUGAUUUUGUGUUGGAGCACGGAUCGUGGCUGAGAGCUGGGAAAGUGGUUGACGGUUAUCUUUCCGCAGUUGCAUCUGAUCCGAAUCUAACGGUCACGAGUUUUGUUAAGUUAGCAGAGUCAGUUCCCGUGUCUGCUAGGCCUAUUCACGAUGGAUUGUAUGGUGCCAUCGAUAUUUAUUUGAAGGGGCACACAAAUUUACCGAAAGCCGAACGGAAAACAUUGUGUGGUUUGAUGGACGUCAAGAAACUAACGUCUGAAGCAUGCAUGCACGCAGCUCAAAACGAACAACUACCACUCCGCGUAGUAGUCCAGGUACUAUUUUUCGAGCAGGCAAAGGCUUCAGCUAACAACACUAGUUCCCCUAAACACAGUCGCGAAAAUUGGGCCAAAACAGGCCCUCCAGAUAUGCGCAAGUCCCUCAGAAGGCAACUGGACGACAUGAAGAUAAAAGAAGACGAACAAUCGCUUGAAAAUGGAAAACAUGCAAAGAGAGGCAGCAAGAGCAGGGGCUCCGAGCCCCAGCUACUGCCAUCUCGUUCGAGGAGAAUAUUCGAAAAGCUGUGGAUAGUGGGGAAAGGGUUUGGGAAUGGUGAGAACAAGAGUUCAGAGACUUUUGCUAGUUCACAGAGCCCAACAUCAAUGGUCCAACAAGGGCAGGUAAAGUCUUCCGGAUCGUGUUCGAGGCACAGAAGGCAUUCGAUCUCGUAG